AUAUCUUUAUAUAUUAAAAGUGCCUAUCUAACGGCAUUUCUUGGUUUAACAGAAUAUACCUUAAAAAUAAAAGAAUAUUCUGUUAAAUUUAACGAUGUUAAUAGGUUUGAUCUCCCAUUAACAAAUAAACCCAAUAAUUAAACCAAAAAAUUAAACAAUUUUUUUUUUAAAAUUAAAAAAAAUCAUCUUGAGAUUUCAAUUAAUCCGUAAACGAAUCUCUCAUCACUCUGCCCUCUCUCACUCACUCUCCAAUUUUAAAAACCCUAAUCGCAGCAGCAAAACAUUAAACAAACCAACUCUGUUAUGAAGAGACGCUGCUACAAAUACAAUGGCUUCCAACUCUGUUAAGUUUUUUUAAUAUUUUUAAGCUAACGCUAACGAUCCACCUAGAAAAACAAUGAUUCACCUCUCUUUUCAAACAUCCAUCCACCUACAAAAAGCAUUUUUUUUUCCAACAACGAUUGUGAAAUUCAAGAAAAAUCAAAAUCACACACUCAAUUCAAAUAUGAAUUUGUCUUUCUCCAAUCGCCAUUGAACUCCUCAACCACGGCUUACAGCAAUGAAUUUCUCUUUGAUUCAAUUCCCAAUACCAGACCCAUACCCUAACUUUGAGCACCAUCAAUGGCGGUCACACGCGAAGACAAUGUUUACAUGGUCAAAUCUCGAUGUUGGUGGGCACACAUUCGAGGAGCGAAACCUAUUCUCCAUUGCUUACAAGAAUAUAUGGUUGGACCUCGCCGUGCCUCGUGGCGGAUCGUCUCUUCCAUUGAGCAGAAGGAGGAGACUCGUGGUAAUGUCGAACACGUGUCCACCAUCAAGGAAUACAGGUCCAAGAUCGAGAACGAACUCGCCUCCAUAUUCGAUGAUAUUCUGGAUCUGCUUGAGAGAAAGCUUGUCCCUUCUGCCACCGCCGCUGAAUCUAAGGUCUUUUACCUGAAAAUGAAGGGUGAUAUCCACAGGUACCUUGCUGAAUUCCAAAAUGGUUCUGAUUGAAAGGAGGCUGCCUAAAAUACUCUUUCUGCCUACAAGGCUGCUAAGGUAGGAAGAAGAUGUAAGGAAAGGCUAUGAUGUACUACUUGAGAUAGGUUCCACCUUGAGAGACAUGGCAUCUCUCUCUUUUGAAUAUUCUGAUAUGCCUUACCAGAAACUAAUUAAAUGGUCAGUGCAUAGCUUUUAUGCUUGUGUUACUUUAUCUAAUUGAGGAUAGCAGCAUAACAACUUUAAUUGACCAUAGAUGGUGUUGUAUUGCUCUGUUUAAUUUUGCAACCAUAUUCAAUUCAUAUCAUAUUAGUACGUACAACUCACAUCUACAUGGAUGAGGAUGUUUACAUGCAAUAAAUAUUUUUAGUCUGCCAUUAUUUCCUUCUCCUUUUCAUUACAAUGUGAUUCUUAACAAGAAAUGUCUCUCUCUCUCUAU